AUGACGCUAUACGGCAGGGCGAUCAGCGCUUUGCACCGGCACCAAGACGUGGCGAUCGGUGUGAUCAUCCUGGCCCUCGUGCUGUGCGUCUGCGUGCCACUGCUGGUGGUGGUCCCCGAGUCACGGCCGUACGGUGCCACCUUCAUUGGGUGGGCGCUUGUGUUCGCCGUGCGUGCGUGGCGGUGCCUGCCGCAAGAGAGGGCGCACGUGUGCAGGGCCGCGCAUCGAUUGGCCGAUACAAGGAUGCGACAGCGCGGCGUGGGCAAGGUACUGAUGCCCUACACGGAGACGUCUCGCUUGAUGCCCGUGGCAAGCUACAACAAAGGCAAUCGACUACCGGGCUGCACAUCGACGGAGGCAGCGACGAGGUGUCUCGGGCUUCUGGCGAUCGAAAGUCGCUCCCCGACCCCCAUUCACCAGGCACAGGUGGACAUGGGGCGCAACGACAUUGGUGCCAAUAGCAGUGGAAAGAUAAGUGGUGCCGCUGCCGCGUCGGCGCCAUCGUCCUGUGAUCCCUUCCUGUCGACCUCUGCGCUGGAGUCUUCAGCCCAGUUUCUUGCGCUGACUCACGUGGUUUCGCGCCAGGAGCCGUCUUGGUCGAUCGCCGAUCCCCACGCCGCUUCCGUAACACCAUCCGAGAGUCGAAGUGGCAGCGGCAGAUGCGCACCGCGGCGCUCACACGAGCCGUUCGCAUCCAUGCCCCGCGCCUGUGCCACGGGGUUCACGACCCUGUCAGAGCACGGCAGCGAGGUACCCUCCGUCGAACCCGCCUCGCCGUCGUCGAUGCAGCCAACGACAAGCUCCUCGUCUGGCACGCACGGGUGCACCGGAACCGUGAUGACCCCGGCGUCGUUGGCGCAGACGCCGGUGGUGAGCGGCGCUGUUCAGGCCCCGACGGGGCGCCCUGCAGAGCUCGCACGCACCUUUUUGGACUCGAAAACGCAGCUCUCAGCGUGCUCGCAGCCGUCGAAGGUGGGACCGUCUUACUCGCAGAAGGAUACUCUGUCUCCACCGACCUACGAAGAGGCGUUGCUGUCCCCCUCAGACAGCUCGUCCUCGCCGCGGAUCGCGGUGGUGGGCGCGACGAUGCGGCUGCAGAGGCUCUCUCCAGCAGUGGCACGUGACGGUGCCUCCCUGAGGCGCGCUAGCCGGUGCUCCCCGCACUCUUGA